CAGACUUGCGUCUAUCGGUGGUGCGCAUCGAGAAGAGACAAGCUGCUGCGCGCUAUGGAAGCCAGCGAAAAGGCUUAAAAAGGGCCUCGGUGCUCUUCAAAUCUCGCUUCCUUGCUCUUCCAUCCUCACUCUUCAUUCUCGCCUUUCCACCUGAUCCCUCUUCUCCUAUCCUCACUCGCCCUUCAUCCUCGUCCCAAACCCCUAACCCAAAUCAUCUCUCGCAGCCAUGCGCGUUUCAAAAGCGUUUGCUCUUCUCGCCGUCUUCCUUGCCGCGAGCGCUCUGGCAGCUCCGACGGUCAACGAGGACGAGACUUUGGACGACGAUAUCAACGAUGCGAUGUGGCAGAACGACCCGGAGACCAAAGUCGACACCAACAAACAUUCGUCGUCGUCGUCAUCUCCCAGCUACGCCGGCUACACCGGGACGCUCUUCCCUGCCAGCUAUGGAAGUGGAAACGUCAAGGGAGCUUGCGAGGAAUACGUGUCGGACACGGAUGAGAUCGCCAGCAUCCCUUCGAGCAUCCUGAAGCCCUACACUGCCGACAGCAGGUGUGGAUGGUUCCUGAACUUCAGGUACAAGAACACGGACUACAAGUACGUUGUGAAGGACGCGACUCAGUCUGACAAGAUCAUCCUCGUGUCGAAGCAAGUCUUCCGAGAGCUUACUGGCUCAGAGAGUGGCGGACUUCAGGGAAUCAAUUGGCACAUCACUCCCAAUUGAUCGAGCAGCUCGUCGAACGUCGCCGCUCUACGAGGCGUUCCAUCGCUGCACGACAUCGUUUGAUCUGCUGUGAUGACUCGCAUUGCCCACGUCCAACCAAGUCAAUCCUGAUUUCAUCA